AGGAAGAAUAUUUGUUGUCAGAGAAAACUAGCUCCACAGUCACUUUUCUUGGGGUUUCUAUGGUUCAUUUUCUGUGGUUCUGUGUCAGGAAAUGCCACAUAUCACAAAGACUAACACAACAGAACUCUUUCUUUCGGUGUAGAUUUUGAUGCAUUAAAUUAUCGCAGCUUUUCCAGUGGUGGAGGUGCGAGGGACGUGAAUUCAGUGUGGGGGGAGAGUUCCCUUCAGACGGUCGAGGCGAGACGUGAGAUGUGACAGCUAAAACUUAAAGUCACAAUGGACACAGGUUCAGACUCAGCAUUACAAGACCUGUUAAAGUUGAGGGAGAAUGAGGUGGAUUUCCUAAGUGCACUGCGUGACCUGAUCGAGUCCAAUUGGCGCCUGACACUACAAGUGGAAGACCUGCAGAAAAGACUGAAAGAAAAGGAGGGCGAGCUCAGUAAGGCCAACGAGACUAUUGGAGCUCUUACGGCUGAUGUCAACGCACUACAAACGCCACUGCAACUGCAGAAAAGCAGUGGCAAGGAGGAUGUGCCUGAGCAGACUUCCCACCCAACAAGUGACAUUGACAUCCAGGCUAAGACUUGUUCAGACCCACCUGCCACAUGCAUACCAAGCCCUGCGUGCAUUAAAACGCUCGAGGCUGAGAGUGGCACAAGGCAAACGCCUCCUCAGGAUGUGACUGUUGAUGAGACAGGCCAAUCAGAAUUGACGUCGGGGCAUGCUCGUCAAGGCAACAAAGACAAUCUUGCAAGUGAUGGAGAUGAUGCAGAAAAUGCAGCAGGCAAUGACCACAACCCUAGAGGUGAAGAUGUUCACUCCUGCCCUGAUGAUGGCAGCACUUCCUCACCAUCCAAGAAAACAAAGCAAGAAAGGAGGACACGGGCCAAGACAUUGUGCCACACGUGUAGUGUCUGUAACAUGAGUUUCGGAAGAUUGUCAGCUCUCAGGUUACACCAGAGAACACACAACAAGAAAACAACCUCUCCACAAAAGAGCCAACCAACGACGUUGGAGGAAGCACUUAAUCCGUCUGAAGGAGUGAAGAAGAGGCUUUUGAGUUUGGCGAAGCCCCACAAGUGCAGAGAGUGUGGAAAAAGUUUCCGUCGGGCCGGCAAUCUCAAAGACCACCACAAUAUCCACACUGGGGAGAAGCCCUACCCUUGCUCGCUCUGCGAAAAGGCGUUUAGCCAGAAGUCCAGCAUCAUGACCCACCUGAUUACACACGCCUGCAAAACCAACCCAAUGCCCUGCCCGCAAUGUCAGGUGACUUUCGUUUCAUCGGUGACGCUCAGGCGUCACCUGAAGGAGCAUCGGAAGCAGAAGGCGUACGUGUGCUCCAAGUGCGACGCCCCGUUCCCCAGCGGAGCCCAGCUGAGGAGUCACAAGGCCGCCGCACACGAGGUGGAGCGCCCGUUCGCCUGCGCCUACUGCAAGAAGACCUUCCGGAACACAUCGGGCCUUAAAGAGCACGAGCGCACACACACCGGGGAGAAACCAUAUCUGUGCGACAACUGUGGACGCUCGUUCAGCUGCUCGCAGCACUUGAAGACGCACCGGCGCACGCACACGGGCGAGAGGCCGUUCAGGUGCGAGGAGUGCGGCGAGAGCUUCGCCCAGGGCAUCACGCUGCGGAAGCAUCGGCUGCGGCAUACGGGGGAGAGGCCUCACCUGUGCGCGCUGUGCGGCAAAGCCUUCGCCCGGCCCGAGGUGCUGAAGACGCACCAGCGCGUCCACUCGGGAGAGAAGCCGUACGGCUGCCCCCAGUGCGGACAGAAGUUCACCUACGCGCAGAGCCUGCAGGCACACCAGACGCGCGCGCACCCGGGACCCGCGCCGGAAGGCCCCGUCGAAAUACUCGCAGCGGUUGUCCAUCCAUGACUUGUAACUGCGUGGGUGGGUGGGUGUGAGGUUUUUUUUAAUGGCAUGCACACAAUUUUUGUGCAUUGUCUUACACGUUUUGCACUGCAUUCUUGUAAGGCCCUGACACAUUUAGAUGUGUAUUGUUUUACACAAAACUGCGUUCUUGAUAGAAAGAAAACUCUGCGUACUUGCAAGAGUUGUCCUCCAUGACGUGCGCCUGGGUGGGUGAGUUUCUUUUUUUCAGGGCCCUUACACACCGAGUUAAUGCACUUUAACAUGCUUUGUUUACGUUUUACCACGUUCCCGAAAUUCUUUUAGGAGUUGUCCAUCCGCGUGUUAAUGUGUGAGUGAGAGUUUCUGUUGAGCGUGUGUUACUGGUUGCUGCUGUUCAGGAUUUAAAUGAAUCAGUUCAAUCUUUGUUGCUGAAUGUCAGUUUAUUUGUUAUUUAUGUUAAUGAAGACGUUAUUGUUGAACACCCGCUGUGUCCUACACCACAGUUUUUGAUCAGUUGUAAACCUGUCACUGUCAUCAUUGAGGGGGAAAAUGAAAACCCAAUUAAUAUUGAAAACAGUUGAAAGAAGUAAAAAGAAUUGAGGCACACAGUGGUUCAUACAAGUGUGUAUUAAAACACAGCUUUUUAAAUAUCAGUUGAACGUAUUCCAUUUGUUUAGUACUCUGUACGCUCAUGUUUUGAGUGACCUCAGUUCAGUGCUGGAGUACAAGGUAGUUGUCAAUGCAUCCUCCAUGUCUACAGUCUUAUGUUAUAGAUUUGACCCAGUCAAUGAUCUGCCUUAUACUGGUAGCUAGGUUUGUUUACUGGAAUUGUAACAUUAAGCCUGGACCUUUGGAAAGGUGAUUUAUGCUCCUCAGGUAAUAAUAAAUAACUCUAAAUACAUUCUGUGUAAAUUCUCUAUUGAAAAUGCUCAAUAAAUCCUCCUUGGUUAAGCAUGUGUAUGGUGUGUGAGUGUACUACAAACCACUUUGACGAUACCACCAUGACAGUCAUAGCCCAGCAAAAAAAAGGACACUGAAAGCAUUCUAAGCCGAAAACGUAUUUUAUUUAUUUGUACAUAAGUACUAUUAGUACAAGUUACACUUAAUAUUUACAUAUUUGCCUAUGAGGCACAGUCCUUCAUUAAGGGACUAGAAUACCUCUAGGAAGCCUUGUUUUAGAGCUCCCCGUCUGGCUUUCGAUGGUUUUGAAUAAGCCUCUCCAAUCAGGAAUGACAGACUGCAGGAGUACACUUUUUAGGGAGUGAGGGAGGGAUCUUCCUCCCUUCCAGGUUUGGAACCCAACACCUUUGCUAACUCACUCGUUUUAAUGGCAGGUAAGGGCAAGGACCUUUCAUUGACUUAUUGAUGCAACUGCACUGAUGUU